CUUCGCACAAAGGCUGUUGUGCCGGUGUUACUAGGUGCGUCUAUACCUCGUAAUGAUAGGUCAGAAGAGGAGUACAAGCGUUAUUGUCGAACUAUGUUGCUUUUGUUCACGAGUUGGUGCAGUUUCACUGAACUGAAGGGUGAGCACACAACUUGGCAUGAAGCGUUUGAGGCUUAUGAGUUCUCACCGGAAUUGCAAAGUAUCAUUAACAAUAUGAACGUAGAGAAUGAGUGCAAGGAUGCACGGGAUAUGCAUGCUGCUAAGGUGCACGAAAAGUGUGCGCGUCCCUACAUGUUUGGUUCUGCUGCGAACAACGGCGAUGCUGAAAAUGAGGAUGUUAGUGUGUUUGAUGAAGCAAUUUUUGCGGAUGCUUCACUU